AUGACCGCGGGCUCCGGCGUGCUCCUCGUGCUGCUCUCGCUCUCCGGCGCGCUCCGGGCCCACAGUGGGGAUCUUACAGCCAGGGAGACGUGCAAGGCUGGAUUCUCUGAAGAAGACUACACAGCACUUAUCUCGGAGAAUAUUCUGGAAGGAGAGAAGCUUCUCAAAGUCUCCUUCAGCAGCUGUCUGGGGGCCAAGGGGACCCAGUAUGAGACCAACAGCGUGGACUUCAAAGUGAGGGCGGACGGGACGGUCUUUGCCACCCGGGAGCUGCGCAUCCCCUCCGACCAGGUGGCCUUCACCGUGACCGCGUGGGAUGGCCAGACCGCCGAGCGAUGGGACGCUGUGGUGCGGCUGCUGGUGGCCCAGCCCUCGUCGGCGCACGCCGCACACAAGAAAGGGAAGCCGAGCGCAGGUCUGGCCGCCCGGCAGCCUCCCAACGACACGCUGCUGCCGUGGCCGCAGCACCACAGCGCCAGCGGGCUGAGGAGACAGAAGCGAGACUGGGUCAUCCCGCCCAUCAACGUGCCGGAGAACUCCCGCGGGCCCUUCCCCCAGCAGCUGGUGCGGAUCCGGUCCGACAAAGACAACGACAUCCCCAUCCGGUACAGCAUCACGGGCGUGGGCGCCGACCAGCCCCCCAUGGAGGUCUUCAGCAUCGACUCCAUGUCUGGACGCAUGUAUGUCACUCGGCCCAUGGACCGGGAGGAGCGAGCCUCCUACCACCUCAGAGCCCACGCCGUGGACAUGAACGGCAACAAGGUGGAGAACCCCAUCGACCUGUACAUCUACGUCAUCGACAUGAAUGACAACCGUCCCGAGUUCAUCAACCAGGUCUACAACGGCUCUGUGGACGAAGGCUCUAAGCCAGGCACCUACGUGAUGACGGUCACGGCCAACGACGCCGAUGACAGCACCACGGCCAACGGGAUGGUGCGGUACCGGAUCGUGACCCAGACCCCGCAGAGCCCGUCCCAGAACAUGUUCACCAUCAACAGCGAGACGGGGGACAUCGUGACGGUGGCGGCUGGCCUGGACCGGGAGAAAGUGCAGCAGUACACAGUCAUUGUUCAGGCCACAGACAUGGAAGGGAACCUCAACUACGGCCUCUCGAACACGGCCACGGCCAUCAUCACCGUGACCGACGUGAACGACAACCCGCCAGAGUUCACGGCAAGCACGUUCGCCGGGGAAGUGCCCGAAAACCAGGUGGAGGUGGUGGUCGCCAACCUGACCGUCAUGGACCGAGAUCAGCCCCACUCACCAAACUGGAAUGCCUUCUACCGCAUCAUCAGCGGGGACCCCUCGGGACACUUCAGCAUCCGCACGGACCCCGUCACCAACGAGGGCAUGGUCACUGUGGUGAAGGCCGUCGACUACGAGCUGAACAGGGCGUUCAUGCUGACCGUGAUGGUGUCCAACCAGGCGCCUCUGGCCAGCGGGAUCCAGAUGUCCUUCCAGUCUACGGCGGGGGUGACCAUCUCCGUCAUGGACGUCAACGAGGCGCCCUACUUCCCCUCGAACCACAAGCUGAUCCGCCUGGAGGAGGGCGUGCCCACGGGCACCGUGCUGACCACGUUUUCGGCAGUGGACCCCGACCGGUUCAUGCAGCAGGCCGUGAGAUACUCAAAGCUGUCGGACCCGGCGAACUGGCUGCACAUUAAUGCCACCAAUGGCCAGAUCACCACGGCAGCCAUCCUUGACCGCGAGUCCCUCUACAUCAAAAACAACGUCUAUGAGGCCACCUUCCUGGCGGCUGACAACGGGAUCCCCCCGGCCAGCGGCACAGGGACCCUCCAGAUCUAUCUAAUCGACAUCAACGACAACGCCCCGGAGCUGCUGCCCAAGGAGGCCCAGAUCUGCGAGAAGCCCAGCCUGAACGCCAUCAACAUCACCGCGGCCGACGCCGACGUGGACCCCAACAUCGGCCCCUACGUCUUCGAGCUGCCCUUUGUCCCGGCCGCUGUGCGCAAGAACUGGACCAUCACCCGCUUAAACGGUGACUAUGCUCAGCUGAGCCUGCGCAUCCUCUACCUGGAGGCUGGGAUGUACGACGUCCCCAUCAUCGUCACAGACUCCGGGAACCCCCCACUGUCCAACACAUCGGUCAUCAAGGUCAAGGUGUGCCCGUGCGACGAGAACGGUGACUGCACCACGGUUGGCGCCGUGGCGGCGGCUGGUUUGGGCACCAGCGCCAUCGUGGCCAUCCUCAUCUGCAUCGUCAUCCUGCUCACCAUGGUCCUGCUGUUCGUCGUGUGGAUGAAGCGGAGGGAGAAGGAGCGCCACACGAAGCAGCUGCUCAUCGACCCCGAGGACGACGUGCGCGACAACAUCCUCAAGUACGACGAGGAAGGGGGCGGCGAGGAGGACCAGGACUACGACCUCAGCCAGCUGCAGCAGCCGGAGGCCAUGGAGCACGUGCUGAGCAAGGCCCCGGGGGUGCGGCGGGUGGACGAGCGGCCCGUGGGCGCCGAGCCUCAGUACCCGGUCAGGCCCGUGGUGCCGCACCCGGGAGACAUUGGAGACUUCAUCACCGAGGGCCUCCGAGCCGCCGACAAUGACCCCACAGCUCCCCCCUACGACUCGCUGCUGGUCUUCGACUACGAAGGCAGCGGCUCCACCGCGGGCUCCGUCAGCUCCCUGAGCUCGACCAGCUCCGGGGACCAAGACUACGAUUACCUGAACGACUGGGGGCCCAGGUUCAAGAAGCUGGCGGACAUGUACGGAGGCGGCGAGGAGGACUGAGCGGCCGGGGGGCCUGUGCGGGCGCCGGGCUGCCGGCUCCCUGCGGACGGACGUGUCCCUCAGUGGUGUGUUAGGGGUCCCUCCCCGCCCCAGCCCCCCCAACAGUGAGCUGUCUGGCAUGAACGCGACCCGCCCCGCGGCGCGCACGGCCCACCGCAGGAGCGGGCUGGCGCCGGGAGAGCGGGAGGCCCUCUGUCUUAACUUGAAUUUCCUAGAACAGAAGCACUGUUUUUAAAAACAAAAAAAGAAAGUGCCUUUUGGUACAUGUAUCAGAUUCCCUCAAACUCAGGAGUGACUAAGAGCAAGCAGACAGACCACGUACGUCCCCCCAACCCCGUCCUGAGCGCCCCCAGCCCCAGCCAGUCCCGCUCUGAAGGCACCAAUUAAGGAAUCGGGGAGACUGGGUCUUUCUUUUCUUAAGUGGGUGAUUUGCUUAACAAAAGUUGCUUAACAGUUUGGGGUCCAAAUCCCAUCAGCCCUUCUGAGUUCUCCAGUUUUGCUCUACACGGUCGGGGUCUCCUGAGCCCUCAGGUGUCCGUGAGGCUGGAGGGAUGCAGGACGCCCAGCCGCAGAGCGUUCCCCAGGGGCGGAGGCGGGCCUGCCCACCAAACACGCCACUGUGUGCACUUGGCUUUCCCUGCGUCUUUGGCUGCCCUCUGACGCCAGACGCUGUAGAUAGCUGGGGUGGGGAGGGCGCCAAGGGGUUUCCCUGAUGCUCACCCUCUCUGCCCUCGGCUGUCCCCGGGUCCCGCCCCCAGAGACGACUGUUGCCCCAAACUCCGCCCAAGUCCCUGUUGCCUUUGGUCCGGAAGAGUACGGCGUCCCCGUAAGCCACAGCCCAAACCAGCCGGCAUCCCCAGAAACCCUGCCUCGAGCCCUCCACCCCUCACGAUUGGAUUCCUGAAGGACCCCGUCAGAGGACCAGCCCCCGAGAACGGCGCGGCCAGCCACCCCGAGGGCCGUGCCGACGGCAGGCAGGGCUGGGAACCGCACGAGCCGCAGCCUUUCUGCGUCCGAGUCCCUGCUGCUCCUGAGCUCACGUGCACGGCAAAGACACGCUCCGAGUGGCCCGGCUGUCCCAACGUCGCUGCGCCGUCUGUCCCCCAGGCGCGUCUGGACGGCGCCCACCUGGAGCAGCAGCCUGUCUCCUUUCCUCCGGACUCAGGUCAGCCCUGAGCAGCUGCCGACUCUCAGAGUUGGAACAGCCCUUUGCACGGGCAGGUCCGACGCGCACACCUGACUCAAGAGUCCGUUCCGCAGGACAGUGAAAGGCGCCGUGUCCCCAGACCCACUGGGGAGACCUCACCGUGCUUGCUUGCUGGGUGAGAAGAGGUUCCUUGGGCCCCUGCAGGAGAAGACAGCCUUGUGGGAGAACCCGGGUCUAUUCACAGGCUCCCCAAGAAAGGGGGCGAAGGGUGCGCUGGCCCUGGGCGGGACUUGGCAUUGGGAUACACUUGGGGGCAGUUUCCCGCCCUGGAGCCCUGGGUCAGGCAAAGCCUUGAGGGCCUGGGGGGUGGGCACUCAGCUUGCUCUCCGUGCCAUCCGUCUGGGGUCUGGGGUUCUUUGAUGCAGUCUCGGUCUAUGACCUGUUUCUUGCCUAUGAUCACCCUCUUUUCCAAACAACUUUGGCCUCAGAGGUGUCCCUGAGGGACCGUGUGUGCAGUGAGCCUGGGUUUGUCCCCACUGGAGGGCAGGGCUCCGCCCCACACCAGACCCUUCGCCAACUCCGCGUUCUCCCAGAGCUCAGCUGAGGCCGUGAGCGCUCGUGUGUGGCCUGAUGGUGGCGAGCCUGUAGCAGGCUCUGUCCCUGACCCUGUCCCGCCUGCCUGGGGAGGAAGGGAGGGACAAAGGCAGUCACCGUGUCACACUGGAUGCCCCCUCCGUGCAGACCGCAGUCUCACAGGGUCGGGGCGGGGGGCUGGUCUGCAAGGGGCGGAGGCCAGGACCGCUAUCCAAAGCUGAGCCCCACAGAUGCGUUGGGCCCAGCCAAGGACUGUCCCGGCGUCUGGGGGCGUGGCCAUUCGAGGGCUUGCUGGUGGGGUCAGGGCUAGUGGAGGUGAGUCGGAAUCUUCUGUGUUUUGUUUGUUUUUGGAAAGUUCAUCCACCUGUCGAACUUCUGAGUGUGAACACGGUCCAGGCGCUGAGGCAGCUGUGGGCUCUUCUCUGAAGUCCAGAGUCCACCCCUGGGUCCCCAAGGCCCUGGGCUCUCCUCAGGGACAGAUGUGCCAGGCCCGGCCCAGGACCCGGCCUCCUGCACACCGAUCCCGUGGACCCCGGCAUAGGUGCCUGUGUCCUCUGCCUCCUCACCCCACACCCCUGCCCCUCACCACCACCCGGUCUAAAUCCUGCAGGCUGAGGCUCUGGCAGCCAGCUGGGGGGUGUUGAUGGGGGACCUCUCGCGCCAUCCCUGCUCCAAAAUGUCUAGACAGCUGCCCCUCUCACUCGCCCCUGCAGUCCCUGGGGGCCAGAGCAAGAGGGGGUUCCCGCGCCCUCCCACAUCCACCUCGGAACAGGUCCCGAGGUCAAGUUAGGGUUAGCUCAGUGUGCAAGCAGUGUCAAACGCUUCUCUCACGUAGCUUGUAGACACCAUGUGCCCAUGAUCAGGGUCACGGAGGCCCAGACGCGGCAAAGUGCUAGGGCACAGUUUCCUUUCCGUAGGGGGUUUCGUUCUGUGGACAGGACACAGCUGUGCUGCGGGGCAGAGGCGAGAACGAGGCAGUGGUUGGCGCGCACCCCAGCCGAGGACCCCCCCGUGUCUGGGCCUCCCACCACCAAAGCGUCGGGGUAACGGCCAAACGUCAGGUCCUCGAAUUGCCUCAGUUUCCCUAGCAUGAGCACUGGCCAACACACAUGGUCCUUUGAGAUGGCACCUCUGUCUUCUGCAAGGUACAAAGUUAGGGGAGUCUCCGUGUUUGUCGGUGCUAAAAAAAGAAAAAAAAGCACCAAAAAACCUGAAAAGAAAGUCUCCCACACACAGCGCAUCCCGUGGACCAGCCCACACGGCCCGGCGCCGGGCCGGCCCUGCCCAGCGGCCACACGGCGGGAGCCACUCUGUGUAUAAUUGGAACGCGUUUUGCUCUUUCUUUUCUCUCCUUUUCCCGUUCUGAUUUUUGUUUUUUGCAUGUUUCUUUCUGAAAAUGGACAAAAUGUGUAGCAGCCCGCAUGACUGUGGUUGUUUUGGGGAAAGAUACCGGAGUGUGACGUGUCCCACUGCGACUCCCAGCACCGCGCAGUUAGGCAACGCCCCAACUUUUUUUGUAACCGUCAACAGCACAACUAUUUUGUAUUGUUGUUUGUAUCAUUUUGUACCAAAAAAAAAGAAAAAAAGAAAAAAAAGGAAAAAAGAAAAGAAGGGAAGAGCAUCGAUGUUUUCUCAGUGUGUUUUUAGUGCCGGGCGGCCGGUUCCACAGCGAGCGGUGUGCUGGGGCGGAGGCGGGGCCCUGGCGCUGCUCCCGGCGAGUCAAUAAAGUUCCCCUUUGAAAUA